AUGUUGCAAAACAUGGAACACAGUCCUGGUGAAAAUAAAGCCUUUGCUGUGGAGUUGUUUAAUUGGAAACGCGAACUGAACAGUUACAAAUUAUUGAACAGGGAAGCAAAACUCUCAGAUGCAUCUUGUUUGCAAAAAUUGAAUAUCCAUCUUGAACGUGUCUUCAGCUUUACCGAAUACUUAUUGACUAUCACUCAAGUAUCUCACUUUUCAAGAGACGCAAAGCGCAUAUAUGAGAAAACCAGAUACUACCCGCAUGCCCCAGUAGUAUUCAUCGUUACACUGGUAGCUCGGGUGUGUCUACUGGUGGUUGAUCGGAUGGCAUUUGAUCCGUUCGCCGAGCUUGGCAAUUGGCUUGCAAACGUUUCGUCCCCAGACGAGGACACAUCGUUGAAUGGGUCAUUCAGCUGCGCACUGGCGGUGUCUCCUCGACUGGGGACAAAAAGUUCGCAAGCCAGUUGCCAAGCUCGACGAACAGAUCAACUGCCAUCGGACCAACCACCAGAGCAGGAAAUUUUCGGAAAACCUGGAGACUGA